UGAGAACAGCUCUGUAACUCCACCGGUGAGACGAUGGGACGUAUUUUCCUGGACCACAUCGGUGGGACUCGCCUCUUCUCCUGCGCUAACUGCGACACCAUUCUGACCAACCGCUCUGAGCUCAUCUCCACACGGUUCACAGGAGCCACAGGCAGAGCUUUCCUUUUCAAUAAGGUGGUGAACCUCCAGUACAGCGAAGUUCAGGACAGAGUGAUGCUCACCGGCAGGCACAUGGUGAGGGAUGUCAGCUGCAAGAACUGCAACAGCAAGUUGGGCUGGAUCUAUGAGUUCGCUACGGAGGACAGUCAGCGGUACAAAGAGGGACGUGUCAUCCUGGAGAGAGCGCUGGUUAGGGAGAGUGAGGGCUUUGAAGAGCACGUCCCCUCUGACAACUCAUGAGUGUUGGACAUGUGCUCUCUCCCUCUCCUUUGACCCCUCCGCCUCUGUGCUGUGCAUCACCACCUGCAGACUCAGUGGCCAGUGAAGUUUUCACUUCAACCCCCGCACGCCUCCUUCCUCGUCUCCAGCAUAUGACCUUGGACCGGCGAUUAUAAGAAUAACGUGCUGGAUCUGUUCUUGCUGUAUAGGCUUCCCCAAAAAAUAGUCCCUCAUUUAUGCAUCACUGUGCAGUCCUGCCCAACACAGCUGUGAACAUUGUUAGGGAGUGUCCACGCAAGAUCACACUGAUUUAUCACCAAACCUGCACAAGAACACUCCACGCUUUCAUGGUAACUCCUUCGUGGAUGGUAUCAGGUUUAAAAUCAUCACCUUGUUUCAUCUAGAUGAGUAGAAGUGCUACUUCUGAGUAUGAUCCAUGUCUGCUAAGUUAACGUAUUGCUUUGCUAGUAUUUGUGCUCCUGUGUUGUGUAUUUGUUCUCAGUACACUUGUCACUGGUUAAUGAAUGCAUCGAAGACACUUCUUUAUUCUGGAUUAAUGUUUUUUUCUCCUGCAGAUUUAAAUGAAUGUAGUACAGUUUAGAAUCUGUCCUCGUUCAUAAGAUACACUGACGACCGCACAGAAUGAUGUCACACUUUGACUAUUUGUUGUAGUGCUUUAAGCUCUUUCUUUAUCUUGCUCAUAUGUGUCAGCGUUGACUGGUUUUGACGUUCUUGAAAUGUACAGAAAAUGGCCUAAUUUUCCCCGUACAACCCAUUCAUAGCGUGGAGGUGAUCUCAUCCAGUACAGUUCCAUACGUGAACGCACUUAUACCAGUCCGCAGCUGUUACCACGGAUCUGUGCGUCGUGUGAAGAUCUACGUGUCUCACUCAAAGUGUCCUGGAGGCUGUGUGUCUGAAACGUGAGGGGAACCCUCUCUGGCAGUCUGCGCGCUCGUGGACUGGAGUGGAUUGUAUUUCAAAGUAACUUCAUAUUCCACCAAAGUAGAAGAACAACAUAUUUGACCUGCAGGAAACGGUGAUCCUUGUUUAAAUUAGUGAACUGCUUUUACCACGGCAGCCCACUCUUUAUAUAAUCUACAGCCUGAGGCGUGUUGUGUCAUCACAUGGCUGAAGCCAGGCGAGCUUUAAUGGGGCACUUUUCUUAAAAGUCAAGCCUUUGUCCUUGGAAUUAACCAGACUCUCAGUUUUCUCUAAUAACCAGUAAAAAAAGAGGUGGUUCUUGUGACGGUGAGGAGAACCCUGUACUUGAAUUGCAGCAGAGCUCUGUGGCAGAACAUGCCAUGAACGCAUGUUUCACCCAAAGGUGCAGCCUUCACCAAUACUUUUUUAUAAUUUACUCUUUUGUGAAGGAAUAGAUAAAUGCUUACAGACAUUGACUUCCAAAGUCA